AUGGAAGAGUGUUUUCAUUUGGUCUGUGAGGCGAUGGGUGUACAUGAGGAUGAUGAGGUCGGCGUGGACAUGAUCUGUUCCCUCUAUAAGAGCGUCUUCCUCAUCACCGCCGGCCUGGACGAGACAAAGAGAGCCAUUGCACAGGUCAGAGGUCAGACUGGAGGCUUGUCAUGUUCAGCCCGAGGAGUUCUGCAUGUUCUCUUAGUGAUGGAGAAACAACGUGAGAACAGAGAAGAGCUGUACUGGGCUCUCCAGAUGUUGAAGGCUGGUAGAAUUGAUCAUAAACAAAACACACAAUCCUCAACAAUCAACUUCAGCUCCAGGCAACAGCAGGAUCCAGAGCAGUUUAGUAUCUUGUGUCUUCAGAACAGAGCCAAGAGACUCUACACCAGACUCGUUCUUGACGGCGUGUGGAGUGUCCUACUGUCUCUUUCUCAGAAGAACACUGGCAUCAUGCGAGCGGGCAAGAUCUGUCCCAGCACUACUGACAUCCUCCAGCUCCUGGACUACAAGUAUGAGGUCAUCAGAGAGCGACUGUACAGAGAGAUGUUGCAGGAUGAGUAUGGUGUUGUUUGGUGGGACUCGAUGUCGGCAUGGGAUCAGACAGAAUGUGUGUGUGAACUAGGAGUGUGUGUAGAGCUGGCUUUCAGACACAGAGACUGGCUUCAGGUGUGUGGGCUUCCCGGGGCCCUCCGGUGCUACAGGAGCUGUGGUUCUGUGGUCUUGCAAGGCUGUGCUGAGAGUGUUAAACCUAGAGAUCAGGCUUGGUCAUCUAAAUCGAGGGAACAGGCUUGGUCCGCUGUCAUCUUCCUGUCAGAGCUGGAGUCACAUUAUCAGGAUGAGAAGGAGUCGAUCAGCGCACUCAUGAACAGAUUGGGACGGGAAGCUCUGCGUGUUAUAUAUCUCAGUAUGUGUGUCGCUGUGAGGAGAGCCGAGAAAGAGAAUCAGUCCUACACUGCACUGCUGGUCGCUAGACAGCACUGGGACAGAUGGCCUUAUAUGAGAGGUUCAGUCAGUCAGGAUCUCGCCAGGAUCUGGCUUCAGGAAAAACUGGAUCCCACUGCUAAAACACAGCAGGGCUGGAAAACAGGAAAUUGCGCACAACAGGAGAGAGAGAGGACUGAACAGGGACAAGAAGAGCCAUCAGAUGGUGAAAAACAAGAACUCUGCACUGGCUGCGGGAUGGCUAUAGAUCCAGAAGAUACUCCAUAUUUGGAGAUCUUGUGUGUCAGAGACCCAAGAGAUGAAGAGAGCACGAUGGAGACGAGAGAUGGAGAUGGAGAGAGAAGACAGGGACACACUGAGAGCAGAGGAGACCCUCAGGUGAUUUCAGUGGAGAAACAAAACUCUCUGAUCACACUGGCCUGGAGCAAAGCAGCCCACGCAGAGAACCACAUUCAGGAAGUGACCUCAGCUCAACAGGAAGUAGAGGCCGUCUCUAUUGUAGUGCAGGAGGAGACAGCUGAUAAAACAGCUCCACAUGAUGUGAACAUUUACACACAGCAGGAGAACAUAAGCUCCGUCUCACUGCAGCCAAGUGAACAAUAUGAAGAAACGCAUUCAGAUCACACAGAUAGUGUGAAAGGAAAGACACAAAUCCAAGAAGACCGUUCAGGCUUCAUCACAGUUCAAGAGCGACUGGCUAUCGUCCAGAGUCGGAAGGCAGAUGAAGAUCUGUUGGGUCUGACGCAGGAAGACACACUCAGACAUCUGACUGACACACUACAACAGGAGGAUGAGCAACAACAGAAAACUUUAGUAAGAGAGAAACUCCAGGAGAUGAGGAGAGAACGCUCCUGCAUUCUCCAGACCAGACGGGAGAGAAACACAGCUGGAUUUAAAGAGCUCCUUGCACCCACAGCUCAACGCACGACAGAAACUGAAGAAGGACACUAGUGGGUACUCAAACCCAUUU